GUGUGUUAGGAGAAAAACCUGACAAAGUUAAAAUUUCUUAGAGUGCAGUUAGAAAGCGAAUGAGGGAAUGUGUUUAUUCUGGCAAUACAUACAUUCUGAGGUGCAACAUGAGAGCAAUCAGCUGUAGUUUUGUUUCUGUAGACACCAAGUUUGUCACGCAAUCAUAAGCCUUAGGAACAUGAACUGAGUGCGGGACGACUAUAUACUCAUUUUACCUGAGAUAAGGAUCUCAUUCAUAAGGUUAAUAUCUUGAAAAUUACAGAGAAAACAAAGAUCUGAGUAAGGCCUGAACGAAUUUAAGAUGGCUUCCCAUAAAGAAUAUACUUAGAAGCAGAGUGUUGAUAGUUUAAGAGAACGUAAGUGGUCCUUGGGAGGAAUUUUGGUAUGACAGAUCUUGCUUAAUAUCUCAUUCUGGAAACAAAUGAUCUAAUAAGCCUGUGCAGUUUAAUGAGUCUCUAGCUACAGCUGGUGAAACAAACAGCAUCAACUGAGCGCUGACUAAUCUGAGACGAGUUUCCCAAAAUCAUCGCAAACUUAAGAUCAUCUUAACCAGAACAGAGAGUGUUCAAUGUGACGCUUGCUCUACCAUUUAACGAUGAUCUUUGUGCUGCGAUGCUUUUGGGAAACCCGGCCUUGAUCUGUACUAUAAGGCAUAUAGUAUAUCAGUCCUCAUCUUCUAAUACAAUGACAAAGCCUUUUUUCAUUCUUCUCCUUCAUUCUCCUACGCCUCAUCUUCCUCUUAAUCCUCCUACUGGCUCGCCUUUUUGCCUUGUCCCUCGUUCCCACCCUCCCUCUAUCAACACUCUCCUCUCCUCGCAUCAGCCGAAUCCAUUUUGCAAAUGAUUGUGCACAGCUACGGGGACGGGAAUGAACCGGUGGUGCUAUUUUUAGCCCAAGCCAAAGGAGGGUGGAGGAAGCGAGCGAGCGAGCGAGUGAGUGAGUGAGUCAGUGAGUGAGUGAGUGAGCAAGUGAGAGAGCGAGUGAGUGCAGGAGAGUGCAUACGUAGGGAAGAAAGAGAAGGAGAGUGAGGGGGGGAAAGCGUUGUUUUUCCUCGUGGAGCAGCAGUUGAGUGCUGGGCUGUGGCAGGGAGCAGUGGCAGCUGUGAAGAACAAGGAGAGAAGAGGAGGCACUUAGAGACCCCCAGUGAUGCGGCCCAGGUCUAGACUGCUGGCUAAGCGAGGCCUCCCAACCAUCCGGGAGGGUUCGGAGGAGCUCGUGCAUGACCUGAACCAGACCAACAGCCAGCACAGCAGUGCACAGGACUACUUCCACUCCAUCUGCCAGCUGGCCCAGCCUACUUUUCCCUUGCACGAGCCAGACCGUGACAUCCUGUCCAUCGGCAGGCUGGACUCUCCAAAGCCAUGUUUGCGCCCGCACCGUUUGCGCCAGCUUGCGCAACCCCUAACCUGCCCCGUCGACACCUCCACAACCCAGUCACCCAAGGUAGAGACACCAGGGCCUUCUUCCUCAGAACCAGAGCAAGCCCAAGGCUCAGAGCAGGACUGCCCAACGUCCACUGACCCGCUGGAGUACCUCUACGGCUACAGAGAAGCAGAGGCUUCCACUUCCUCCACCAGAAGGGGCAGCAUUCCCCUUCGCAGGGCACGCAGCGUGCCCUGCCCUGGUCUUGAUGUCCAGAGCAAAAGCAGCUGUCCUGAUCUGCGUCUGCCAGAGUCUGUCCCCUCUCCCGUUGUGCCACAGCGCUCGCCGCUCAGCAGAAAGAAGCUAGAUGGCGCCAAGGUCGAUGGCGCCCAUUGUGGUUGGAGAGCAAAAAGCAGCCGCAGCAUGGACAAACAAACAAUUGUGUCGCACUGGAUCUCCGAGUGCCGGAGUGCAUGGAGGGAAGCCCGUAUCCGUGCCUGCAUGCUGCCCGCCAUUGCCGAGAAGUAAUGCUGCUCCAUUUCUCGCAAGCUGUAUCUCCACUCGCUGUCUAAAACAUUUAUCAAUAUCACAACUAGAGGAAUGAUGUGACUUCACGGUUUCAGGUUUAUAUACCUAACCAUUUUUAGGUGUAAACUAAGCAAAAGUGACCCUAUAGAUGGUGACAUCUUAAUGCCACACCACAGUGUAGAGUUACGCUAAAUGUCAGUGAUAAAACUGGUCAGUGUCAGUCCAGUCAUGUCCAGUUGUGAUCAAUAACUGUAUUGGUUGUUUGAAGACUUUAACAUUGUUUGGUGAUUUGAAAAAAAAAAAAGACAUUAAAACUGCAGUACUAAAAUAGAAUGCUCUGUACUUACAUUUUAGAUGGUAGAAAAUUAUCCAAUGUCAGGACAAUGCACAAACAGAUAUCACUGUGUGUUUAUUAUAAGAUUUAUUUGCAUUUUUUAGUAAAAUCCUGUUUGCGCAAGUCAUAUAUGGCAGCUAAGGCAAAGCAGGUCAUCAAGAUCUAUGCUGACAAAGACAUCCCAAGAUAUUUCAGAGAGAUUCAAGUCAACUAAUUUAUUCUGAACCAUACCUACAGGGAACUAACAUAAAAUGCUGUUUUUAUACCUUCCUCAUAUUUGCCCUUGUGUAUCUGGAAGAACAAUACAUAUCAGAAAGACAAUCUCUGGGUGAAUAUAUUUAGGGAUUACGAUAUUCCCAAAGAGAUCCGGUUUUGCCUAGGUUGCUUGGCAAAAAUCCAAGUGCUGAAAGAGUAAAAACAACCAAAUGAAAGGUUAUAAUUCAAUUUAACACUGACCCAGUGCUUGUGGUAUCACACAAGCAAUAACUCGCUGCCAUCUGCUGCCUACACAGAUGUUUUUGAACAUCCAUAAUUGGCCCAUGUUGAUAUUUCUCAAUUUUAAGUCAGUCCAUAUUCAUUCUGAUUUCAUGAUCACAACAGUCAUCUUUUCUACGUCCUUGAAAGAACAUAAUUAAUCAUUUAUUUCUACCCAAAAUCUAUAUGUCCCAUAAAUAUUAGCAAAGAUGUCUUUUUCAUGUCUUUUCAACGUCUUUGCGCUCACUGAGAUAUAUGGGAGACAAAUGUGUUAAAGCAGAAUUAAUCAGCAAAUAUACCAUACUUUAAAUUGUACCCCUGCUCUUCAAAACUCCUUCCAAAUCAGAAGCAUUUAUGUCAAAAGCCAAUUACGCACUGUACUGUUAUCCUUAUACGACUGUUCUUACUCACAGACCCUUGAAAAAAAAAAGGUUCCAGCACUGAUUUGGCAUUCCAGUGUUUGCAGGUAAUUUAACUGUUAAAUUAUGAACCAUAGAAGAAAUUGUUGCAUGGAUUUUGUAAAUGAUUUUCUAUUUAUGCAUUUGAAAUGCUGUAAAUUAUUAUUAUGAAUGCCACGCCUUUGAAUAAAAAUAACAAAUGGGAAAAUAGAAUAUGUUAUUUGUACGUCUUUGAAAUUGUGUUCAUUUUUCCACUUUUUAAAUAAAACGGUCUCUGUGUUUUA